UGCUCCUCAUCUCACCACAGUCAGUCAGUCUGCCACAGAGUUUACAUCACACAACAUCGCUGCCUCGCUGACCUGCAUUCACUGCCAGCUUCACACGACCAUGCCUGUUAAGGGGCAGCGCACCUGGAGGACACAGUGUCAGUAAAGCUCAUACAAGGUAAAUCACUGCGCCUGGUCGUUCAUCACUGAGGGGAAGAAAGGAAGUCAGUUGGCCUCAGCUGGAGGAACGACACCUGAGCUUCCCUCUGAUCGAGUUCUCUCCGUCCAAAAGAUGUCAACCGACAGCAUGGGAAGAGGAACCAAAACCUCUAAAGCGUCAAAGGAUCAUAAAAAGCCCACGGCGUCUGCCCUGAAAGGAGCCAUCCAGCUGGGCAUCGGUUACGCUGUGGGAAAUCUCAGCUCCAAACCCGACAGAGAUGUUCUCAUGCAGGACUUCUCAGUGGUGGAGAGCGUUUUCCUGCCCAGUGAGGGCAGCAACCUGACGCCAGCACAUCACUUCCCAGAUUUUCGCCUGAAAACGUACGCACCGCUGGCCUUCCGCUACUUCAGAGAGCUGUUUGGCAUCAAACCGGACGACUAUCUGUACUCCAUCUGCAACGAGCCUCUGAUCGAGCUGUCCAACCCCGGCGCCAGCAGUUCCUGGUUCUACCUCACCAGCGACGACGAGUUCAUCAUUAAGACGGUGCAGCAUAAAGAGGCAGAGUUCCUGCAAAAGCUGCUUCCUGGUUACUACAUGAAUCUGAAUCAGAAUCCGAGGACGUUGCUGCCAAAGUUCUACGGCCUGUACUGCAUCCAGUGCAGCGGCGCCACCAUCCGCGUGGUGGUGAUGAACAAUGUGCUGCCGCGCGCCAUGAAGAUGCACUACAAGUACGACCUGAAGGGUUCUUCGUAUAAACGGCGAGCCUCGCGCAAAGAGCGCGCCAAGCCCUCGCCCACGUUCAAAGACCUGGACUUCCAGGAGAUGCACGAGGGCCUGCACUUCGACUCGGACACCUACAAUGCCCUGAUGAAGACCCUGCAGAGGGACUGUCGGGUCCUGGAGAGCUUUAAGAUCAUGGACUACAGUCUGCUGCUGGGGAUUCACGUUUUGGACCGGAAGCCGCUGAGCAGAGGAAGCCGAUGUGACAGCAGGAGAGGACAGAAAGUCCUCUACUCCACUGCCCUCGAGUCAAUCCAGGGGAGCGUGAAGGACCCUGAACCGGUGGCCGAUGACAACACAUUGGGUGGAAUUCCUGCCAAACAUAAAGAUGAGAACCUCCUGAUCUUUUUAGGACUCAUCGACAUCCUUCAGUCCUACAGGUUCAUUAAGAAGAUGGAACACUCCUGGAAAGCUCUUGUGCAUGAUGGGGACACGGUGUCAGUUCACAGGCCCAGCUUCUACGCCGAUAGAUUUCUGAAGUUCAUGGGCUCGACCGUAUUUAAAAAGAUUCAUCCUUUAAGAGGAGCAUCUUCGAAGAGGAAGAAGGGUUCGGUCUAUGCCGUGAAGUCGGCCUCUCAGGAGUUUCUGUCCCCACAGAAGGAGGAGAAGAAGGAGGAGAAGAAGGCCCAGAGCAUGGACAACCUGGAUGGAAACUUUUACAGUUCCUCCAAUCAACCAGAUCUCCUGCCAACUUCUGCUGUUUCUUUGGAAUCCAGCAGAAAUGAUGACAUGGACCUUGGAAACAGUGAAGACCGACGAGCCUCCAGUUCAACGAUUGCUCUGGAUGAUCCUCUGUCGUCUCUCAGCAGGAGCCAAUCAGACUCCGAACUGGACGUCUACUUGUGUCACACAGUCUCAGGCCACCCAGCUGGAGCUGAUCAGUCGUUUGUGUCCCAGCAUCCAUAAACUUGAGGAGACAUGAGAGAUGGUUCCUGUCCAGCCAGCUUCUUCUGACCUUUGACCUCCCAGUCCCACGGUGUCGACACAUCAGGAACUCACAACAGUGGAAAUGUUACACAAACUACAAGCAGUAACAGUUUCAGCUGCAUGAGCAUCACUCCGUGCCUCUGUGACUUUCCCUUCUGAGUCAAACUAAAUGCGCCAAACUGCUGGUUCUUUUAUAGAAGUCCCAUCGUCAACAGAGGGGGACACAGUGUGUGCUGAUGGGUGUUUAGAUCAUGCGGCCAUUGUGUUAAUAGAAAACACUAUAAAGCUGUUUCUUCUCCUGUCGCUGUCCACUUUGCUGCUCGUUCAACAACAGUGGUUAGAAAAAGGAGCUUCAGUUUGACCUCUCCUCUUGGAUGCUGGAUUUUUUUGUGCAGAUGUUCACAUUUCUGAGCGGCAGGACCCCCGACGAAAUAAAUUGUCUUGUAAUUUAAUCAGCUACGGCAAAAAGAAUAGUCUGCUGUCGUUUCCAAAUCAUGCAAUUAUGUAGAGCCAUUGUGGUUUCAGGAAAUGUGAAAAAAGCCAAUUCAUCUGUGGAGACAUUCAAAUAUGCUUGAGUGAUACAGAGUGUCAUACACUUAGAAACAUUAUGUUUAAUUGAUUUUGCAAUAAUUAACUUAUUCUUUAUCCUUUGUGUAUGUUUAUGUCAAACAAGCAUAUCCAUGACAAAAAAAGUAUUUGCUCGGUUUGUUGUUUCAGCGAGAUGGCUUCCAUGUUUUAAUGUUCUCUGCUCUCUGUAGCUGCCAGCUGACCGACAGAUGUGCUGGAAUCACACGUUUCCAAACCGUUUGCGGUUCUUGACCUUUCAUGUGUCUCUGUGUCAUUUCUCUACAGAAUGUAUAUUUCAUCUUUGCAGGGUUUUAUCAAAGCUAACGCCCGUUCUAGACGGUUAUGAAUGCUGGAGGUAAAUAGUGACCGUGCUGUACAUUAUGUCGACUGUCUUCUUUUUCUCCACAUGCCUUCAGAAGUUUACAAAUCUGUGAUUUGAUGAGAUUUAUAGGCCCACAACUGUAUUAUAGCAAUACUUUGGACUUGUAUCUAUGAAAUAAAUUAAUAUUUAAUGUCA